AUGCCAGAUCCAGCAAAGUCUGCACCUGCCCCAAAAAAGGGAUCCAAAAAGGCCGUUAACAAGACACAGAAGAAAGGAGAUAAAAAGCGCCGCAAAACAAGGAAAGAGAGCUAUGCAAUAUAUGUGUAUAAAGUCUUAAAGCAGGUCCAUCCAGAUACCGGCAUCUCCUCCAAAGCAAUGGGCAUUAUGAAUUCGUUUGUAAAUGACAUCUUCGAGCGCAUCGCUGGCGAAGCGUCACGUCUUGCCCACUACAACAAGCGCUCGACAAUCACAUCCCGAGAAAUUCAGACUGCGGUGCGCUUGCUUCUACCCGGGGAGUUGGCCAAGCACGCCGUCUCUGAAGGCACCAAAGCCGUGACGAAGUACACAAGCUCCAAGUGAAACAGCCAAAGACAAGGAGUUCAAGAUACGUAUACAUUAUUUUCUGCAGGAAGAUUUGAGCUUUAUCGACUAACUGUUGCCACAGUCACAAUUCCAUCAAAAUGGUUCAGAGCGCGCUAUUACCGGUGCAAAUUUGAUGUUAAUGUAGACUAGUCUAAAAACUCACGGCUAUAUGUGAUUUAUUUGGUGUUGUUACCUGGCUUAGGCUACUCUCUUCCUGCAAACGGACAAAAAGCGUUAUAUAAUUGCAGUAGCUUCUAAUGCAUGUGUCAAAUCAUUUGCAGCCAAUAUACACAUCAUGUGUAGUGUCCCGCUUCGGAGAAGCCGCUCCCUCUUCAAAGAGUAAGCCAGUGUUACCUUGAUGCAAAUUGUGACAGGUGUCAUCUGCCAGUAGACUGCUUGGCAACAGAACAUUUCAUCCACUGUGGAAUAAUUCUUCUUCAAAAAUCAUGUCGUG